AUGCAUACACCAGGGCUGAGGUCCCCGGGGGCCCCCGGGGGGGGGCCCCCGCUAGAUGCAGCAGCAACUCCUUCAGACAUCUGCUGCACUGCAGCAACGAUCCAGCAGCAGCAGCAGCAGCACCAGCUGCAGCAACACAAACACAAAUCCGACUACCUGUCGGCCCAGCAGUGGAAAUAUUGCGGCGCUGAUACAGCCGAAGCAGCAGCAGCAGCAGCAGAUGGAGCUAGAGAGACAGGGAGAAACAACUGCAGCAGCACUGCUGAAGCUGCUGCUGUUGCUGCUGCUGCUGCUGCAGUUUCUGCUGCUGCUGCUGCUGCUGCGUGCCCUCCGUCUUCACGUGUCUCCUUUCCUUCUCUAAUAAAAAGAAAGACAGCAGCAGCUGCAGCAGCAGCUGCAGCAGCAGAUGCAGCAGCAGAUGCAGCAGCAGCAGCAGCAGCAGAGACAGAAAAGGAGACAGAAAAGGAGACAGAAGAAGAGACAGAGACAGUCUCGCGUCUAUCUACUGUCUCCUUUUCCUCCUGCAGCAGCAGCAGCUCUUUCUAUCACCCCCCUCUGCUUCUCUCUGCCUCAGAAAGAAGAAAUACCAGCAGCAACAGCAGCAGCAACAGCAGCAGCAGCAGCAGCAGCAGCAGAGAAGAUAUUGUUGAUGCUGCUAGAGACCAAGACAACGUUUUUUUUGAUGUCUUUUCGGGUGUAUCUGCAGUUAAGCAAUGCAUGCACCCUCGCCCUGGUUUUCUGCUGUCUGUACACCUGGGUAUAUCUGCAGCAGCAACUGCAGCAGCAGCAGCAGCUGCUGCUGCAGCAGGAGUAUUAGAGGAGGAGGGGGCCCCCCUGCUGCAGCAGCAGGGGCCCCCCGCUACUCAUUGCUUUGCUGCUGAUAGCCUCCCCUUGCUGGGGGUUGACUUAGCUUAUGAGUGCAGCAGCGGGAGACGUCUGCUGCAGACACAAGCAGCAGCAGCAGCAGCAGCAGCAGCAGCAGCUGGAGGUGCUCCAGGGGCCCCGCACGGGGCCAUGAUGGCUGCUGCCUCUGCAGGCGAGCAGACAACAGCAGCGGAUCGUAUUUAG